AUGCGAGUAUCACAUACAGUUUUAGUUGGAUUAAUUUUGAGCUGCUAUGGUGCAUCAGGAGAAGACGCCAGGACGGACUCGUCCAAACGUCUGGUUCUACACAGCGCAGAAGAUCAGGCGGCGGAAAUUGUCAACCUGAAGCAGACGAUAGCUUCCUUGCAGACUACAAUAGCAUCAUUGCAGAAUACAACAAUAUCAAUGCAGACAGCUUACCAAACACUGCAGACUACGACGUCAUCCUUGCAGACAGAUUACAACACGCUGCAGACUAGGACAUCGUCCCUACAGACAGAUUACCAAACGCUGCAAAACGCCUACAAAUCAUUAGACUCUCAAGUACAGACCUUUGCAGUUAACACUGGUUAUAUUUCCGGAAAGCGAUACAAUGAAGCCGGAAGCGGUGUCGAUACGUUCUGUCUCCCGGACGAGCCGGUGUGGGGGAGAUACAGUGACGCCACUGACACGUUCAGAGGGUACAUCUACGGGAGUGAGAUCGACCACAAUGAUGGUGAUCAUGUGUUCCCAUAUCCCGUUAAUGAACAGGACAUGCCAUGCGUCGUGUGCCGGUCUGAGCGUGCACUGAACCUGAUGAUCCCGGGACGAAUAUCCUGCUAUCCGGGAUGGACACUCGAAUAUUCAGGUUACAUGAUGACAGCCUCACAAAGCAGUGGUAGUAGCCAGGACACCAUCUGCGUUGAUGACCACCCGGAAUUUCUUGACCAUGGGGGUACAAAUGAUAACCAACACAUCCUCUAUCUGGUGGUAGCAAAAUGUGGGUCCCUGCCUUGUCCUCCGUAUGUCAACAACAGGGAACUCCCGUGCGCUGUCUGUUCCAAAUAA